AUGCUCUUCGAGAGUGCCAGGGCACAUGACCGCUUCGGCUUGGAGCAGCUGUGGGCAUACAACUGGACCAGUAUGAAUUCAUCUUUCGAACUCUGCGAGUGCGAACGUGAACAAGGACACGAGGGCGAUUGGCCUCGGCCACAUGGACACCUCGACUGUGGCUGCACGUGCGGUGAGCUACGAGAGUGCUUGGCUGACGAGCGACAAGAUGAAAUGGCUGGCAGAUUGGGUACUGCUGGCUCGGGCCGGACACUGUGGGUGAAAGCAAGUGAGCAGGCAAUGAGUGCAUACAAGCCUCAAACUGGCUUGUCAACAAAGACCAGUUGUCAAGACAGUCUCAUAGAGUUCAUCCGGCAACUUCACAUGGGAUUUCCUGACCUACACUUUCCUGAAGCUAAAUACAACUUGAAUGAAUGGCAACCUGCCCGAAUAUGGCCCAGAAGUCCACAGAAGAAGCAGAACAAAUACAAGUGGUGGGAUGUAUGGCUGUCCAAAAUCCCUGGUGGCUGCGCAUGUGAACUGUCAGCCUUGCUGCUCUUCCAGAUACAGUAA